AUGUACAAAAACAACAAAGAGAGGCGUACGAGGUCAGUAAUAGCUUACUGCUCACACCGUGUACGUGUCCGAUAUAUAACAUUUAUUCAUAACAGUGGAUACGAUACAAUUAUGAAGUUGAAAACAGCUGAUCUUCUAGUGCAGCCGUCAGGCGAGCUGUCUAAGAAAAUUCGUAUCGAACUUAAGGAAGAUCUCAAUACAAGAGACAGAGAUCUCGCUGCAAUCAAGGAUUGGCUUAGAAAAGAACCACAUUUACCUGAUGAAUGGGAGGACAGACCACUAAUUACUUUUCUAAGGGGCAGCAGUUUUUCACUUGAAAAAUGCAAACGAAAACUGGAUAUGUAUUUUACAAUGAGAGCAGCGUGUCCUGAAUUCUUUACAAACAGAGAUGCCACAUCUCCUGCACUUAGAGAAGUCUUGAACUCAAAGCUCCAAGGCCCUACCCUUCCCGGUGUCACACCGAACGGCAGAAGAGUCACAAUAUGCCGAGGUAUAGACCCCGCUCUGGAUUCUCAGCAGAUAACAGAAAUUCUAAAGUCUGCACUCAUGAUUGGUGAUAUUAGACUGGGUGAAGAAGUAGAGGGUGUUGCUGGGGAUAUAUACGUAUUGGAUGGGGCGGUGUUGGGACCAAGUCUAUUAGCUAAGCUGUCACCUUCCACUAUAAAGAAAUUUAUGAUUUGCGUGCAGGAAGCGUAUCCAGUAAAACUGAAAGAAGUCCACGUUGUAAAUACUACGCCAAUAGUUGAAAGACUUGUAAAUUUUGUAAAGCCAUUCUUGAAGGAUAAAAUUAGAAAACGGAUCUUCAUUCACAAAGACGUAAAGGAUAUUUACAAUUAUAUACCACGAGAGAUGCUGCCAAAGGAAUACGGUGGCGAUUGCGGUACUAUGGAUGAACUUCAAGAGAAAUGGACACAAAAGCUUAUUGAAUACAGAGACUGGUUUAAAGCACAGGAAGCUUUGAUCGCCAACGAAAGUCUUCGACCUGGAAAGCCUACAAACUAUGACGAGCUUUUCGGUAUAGAUGGCUCUUUUAGACAGCUUGCUAUAGAU